AUGGCGGAAGCUUCGAUAGCAGACGCCAAGAUCCACGUCGCCGCCUCGGAAGCGCGCGCUUUCGCUGAGAACGUCCUCGUCGGCAACGGCGUGCCGGCCGAGAACGCCGCCACUGUCGCCAGGUGCCUCGUCGCGGCCGACCUGCGCGGCGUCGACACCCACGGCAUCAACCGCAUCCCCUCGUACAUGACGCGGAUCCGCCAGGGCGUCCUCGACGCCGCGGCCAGCCCGGAACUUACCAAGACCACGCCCGUGGUCGCGCAGGUCGACGGCAGGAACGGCUUCGGGUUCCUCGCGGCGGAGGUCGGGAUGAAGACGGCUAUAGACGUGGCGCAAGAGUUUGGCAUCGGCAUGGUUAGUGUGAAGCACUCGAACCACUUCGGCAUGAGCGCGUGGAUCGUGCAGCAGGCUAUCGAUGCGGGUAUGAUGAGUAUCGUGUUCACGAAUUCAAGCCCCGCGCUUCCCGUCUUCGGGGGGAAGAGCCAGCUCUUGGGAGUGUCGCCUAUCGCCUGCGGCGCGCCGGGCGGAGAGGAGAAGGCGUUUAUUCUGGAUAUGGCGCCGUCGGUUGCGGCGAGGGGCAAGAUCUAUAAGGCGAAGAGACGGGGCGAGAAGAUCCCCCUGGAUUGGGCACUGGAUAGGGAGGGGAGGCCGACGGAUGAUCCGAGCAAGGCGCUGGAGGGGGUCAUGCAGCCUAUGGGGGGUCCCAAGGGGUCGGGGCUUGCGGUUAUGAUGGAUGUGUUCUCGGGGGUGUUGUCAGGCUCUGCCUUCGCGGGAGAAGUCAGGGGCCCCUACGAUCCGAGCAAGCCGUCCGACGUUGGCCACUUCUUGGUGGCUAUCAAGCCCGACCUGUUCAUGAGCCUUGAGGAAUUUAGGGGGAGGAUGGAUUAUUUGUAUCAAAGAGUCGUGGGCUCAGAUAGGGCGGCUGGCGUCGACCGCAUCUACUUCCCGGGCGAGAUUGAGCAGUUGAGACAGGAGGAGAGGGAGAAGACGGGGAUACCGCUCGUGCAGGCCGAGAUAGAUGCGCUGAAUGAGGAGGCGAGGAAGGUGGGAAAGCCGGCGUUGGUGGUUAGGGGCGAGUAG